AUGCAGCAGGCAUCCGAGGACAAUGUCCCUCAGACGAACAAUCUAGUCUCGGGUCAUAUUGAGAAAGCAAUGGGCCAGCAUGAUGCAGUCGGCGUCGAUACCAAGCAUGAGGCUUCGACAGAAGAUGAUGCCACUGAAAUCACUCGUCCAACCCUCAGAGACAAGCUUAAUAAGCCGUUGCGAUUCCAUCUUGCCUUUUUGUCGCUGCUCAUCAUGGUCUUCAUCGUGUCGGUGGAUGCCACUGCUCUCGCCGUCGCUCUCCCUACCAUCACGAAAGAAGUCAACGGCACCACGCUCGAGGCCUUUUGGGCCAACAUUGCCUUUCUCCUCCUGGUCACCAUUGUUCAACCAAUCUAUACCACCCUCUCCGACAUUCUCGGCCGCAAGAUCCCGCUCUAUGCCGCCUUUUUUCUAUUCUUUGUUGGCUCCAUUGUCUUUGCUGUUGCGCCGUCCCUACCCGUCAUCAUCCUCGGCCGUGCCAUCCAGGGGCUGGGCUGCGGCGGCAUCGAUGUUCUCAAUGAGGUUAUAAUUGCCGACAUCACCACGCUCAAGGAGCGAGCCUUUUACAUCGGCAUGCUCUCUGUUCCCAUGGCACUGGGCACUGUCCUGGGUCCAAUUCUAGGUGCCGUCUUCAGCGAGUACGCUACGUGGCGGUGGAUUGGCUGGAUUAAUCUUCCGCUUGUCGGUAUCUGUCUGCCUCUGACAAUUUUCUGUCUCCGUUUGAAGCCCAUGCCCGAUACUUUCCGGCAGCAGCUGGCGAGAGUAGACUGGACAGGCAUCGGGCUGUUCACGACCGGUGCUGUCCUCUUCACGCUUCCCCUCAGUUGGGCUGGUGCCAUGUACCCCUGGGGCUCUUGGAGGACAAUUGUUCCAUUGAUCAUUGGUGUACUCGUCUUGGUAUUCUUUGCAUCUUCGGAGACAUCCGGGUUCUAUCCCAGGAAACAGUACGCCUUGCCCCACUAA